AUGCCUCUCGGCGAGCCGACUACCGGCGGCACCGGCUUCGUCAACCGCAUCGACCCCCCCAUCGCCAUCAAGGGAUACAACCCGGCCAAGACCUACGAUCACCAACCCGAUACCGUCGACCCGGUCUUCCUCGAAGCCAUGUCCGUCCGCGAAGACGUCUUCGUCCAAGGCCAAGGCGUCCCCCAAGCCGAAGAAGUCGAUGCCGACGACCCCAUCUCCUACCACUGGGUCUGCUACGCCUCCGUCAGCCGCAAGAAAAGCGCCACCGACUCCGCCGCCGUCACCGACGCGCCCGAGUCCUCCGCCGCCGACGAAGUUCCCCGCAACGCCCUCGGCGGAAAGAUCAUCAUGCGCCGUCGCUCCUCCGCCUACCAGCCCGAGCAUCUAGGCAAGCGCCCACCCUCGCCGCACACCACCGUUCCCGUCGGCACCGUCCGCUUCGUCCCACCGAUCCGCAACCGCCCGCGCGAGGUGCCCGGCACGCCGACGAGCUUCCCGACCAAGGAGCCUUUCGUCAAGGUGACGCGGCUCGCGGUGCACCGGCAGUUCCGCGGCCUAGGGCUCACGAGGCUACUACUAAGCGACGCGUUCGAGUUCAUCGUGAACAAUCCGGAGAAGAUUGUGCCGCCGCUAGGCCCCGCGGAGCGGGAGGCGUAUAAUGCGCAGGGGAAGAGCGAGGAGUUGUGGAAGGGGUUGCUACUCGUGCAUGCGCAGAAACCGGUGAAGGGGCUAUGGGAGCGGUAUGGGUUCAAGCAGGAUGAGGGGAUGGGGGAGUGGAUGGAGGAUGGGUGUUUGCAUAUCGGUAUGUGGAGGUGGUUGGAGCCGAAGUUCACUUGGAUCAUCGGCCCUCGAUACAAUUGA